UCUAUCAUCCCCCAUGGAGAGAGCCCAUAUCAAUCGGCCUUGCGGACUUUCAAACCAGAUUUACAGCCUCAACACCAGCUUGCAUUGGCCAACAAGACUCUCGGAUUUUGCCGAGGUGGAAGCUUUGUCUUUCCACUAAAUGGUCUACGGAGAAUACUUUUUAAAUUCCCAGCUUCUUGGAACCGACUAAGCUUCCUCCCUGCUGUGAUUUAAGGAAACUUUACAAGGCCCUGAGGCUUGUCUUUUGCUGACCACCUUAGGCAGUUACACCCUGCUGAAUAUGCUACUCAAUGCCACAACCUAUAAAAACAAGUUGCAAGCGAGAGGCACAGAUCGUCCGACAAUUGCAUCUCCUCUCAAGAGUGAACAUGUGCAAUCGCUGCCGGCAGUCAUCCGACAACCCUUUUCUCUUCGACGUUUUCUUCUUCCCAUGGCGCAGCGUCCUGCAAGACCUUGCAUCGUUCCACGGUCCGGCCCAGAACAGCCUGAAUCAUGGGAUGUUCGAUUGGGAAAUGGUACCAGGUGCAGAGGGACAGCACUCCAAGCUGCAUAGCAAGCAUGUUACGAACAUGGUCGGUCCACUGGUUCGUUGCGAUUCUAGAGUACAUGUAUGGACUUGCUGCAGUACAACGAUUACUGAGGGCACAGCUGUCCUCUCACCUCUGCAUUGCAUUACUUCUGCAGCUUCAUGCAUCACAUUGAAAGCACUGAACAUGCCCAGAAGGAUGCAGAGAUCUUCCCAAUAUUGUCUCUUCCAUCAUAUGUAUUCUUCCGGGUGUCACCGGAACACCAUCCACCGACUCAGAGAUGCAGCAACGACGACGACUCGAGCAUCACCCCCACGCUCGGUAAAUUUUCGCUUCAUAUUUGAAUUAAUUGAAUGGAGGGGUCGCAGAUACUGGGGUGCGGAUGCGGAGAACAGGGAUAGACAGCUUGUCCAAAUCCCUGGGAAGGCAUGAAACGAAUCGUGAAAUUUGUUUCCUUAUUUCCUGCAGAACAUGCAGCAUUCUUUCAAGCAAGUCUUGAUUGGAGGCCAUCAACGGAAUGAGGCCCGCGACCGGCUGACCAGUCAAGGCAUUCCGUCUGCUGUCACAGGGUCGGUAUGC